AUGGUGGAUACACAAACAGAACAAGAAAAAACAAGUACAUUAGAUAGAGGGCAAGAAUUAAAAAAGAAUGAAGGAUAUGAUACAGAUAAAGGAAUGACUCCAAAGGAAUGUGAACCAGUGAUUAAAGACAUUUCUCUGCACUUACUUUCUCGAGUAGCUUUUAAGCAUUGGGAUCACGUUUUCUGCAGUGCACUGGGCGUAAGUGUUAAAGACAAGUGUCUUCCUGACUCUGAAAAGUUGGAAACUGCACUCAGGACUAGAACGGCUUGGAUUCUCCAAGAAUUAUUCCGCCCCCUUCACAUGUUACUGACAUGUCUGAGCUCUUUGCCAAAAGAAACUGAGGGUGCCAGACUUGAAGUUGUGUACAGAGCUGGAUUUCCAUCUGUUAGGUUGCUGCUGCUGACACAGUGUGUUCUAACCAUCCAUACAGUAUGGUACUGGGUGAUGACUAAAGCUCUGCACUUCCUUUCGUCCUGGUCUGUCAAGCCAUUCCUAUUAGUAACACAAGGGGAUUUAAAAAUGUUAUUAGCAGAAGUGGAAAAUACUGUGCCACUAGUGAAAGAUCUACUUUCUGAAAAUGUGAACCAAAGUGAUCUUGACUUAGUACCACAGGAAACAUUUUUAGUAGCAAUGAUUACUGAAAGUGCUGCCAAUGUAAAGUUGUUUUCAGAGAGGGUGCUGAAGAUGUUUUCUGCUGACUGCAGAAAGUUGGCUUCUGAGAUAUUUGAACAGACAAUGCCGUUGGGAAAGCACUGGAGAAUAAAUUGCAAAACAGAUGUACCGAGUAACCCUAGUGAAUAUGCCACAGUAGCUGCACAGUCUGUCAUUGGUCAGGUGAUGGAAGGAAUCAAGCUGCUUUCAGAAGAUGCUCAGAUACAUCCACUAGGAGAAGUCUUGACUGCAUUUGUGGAAGCUUGGAUGGACCAUAUUUUAAAGCAAAGAAUAAAAUUUAGUCUUCAGGGUGCCUUACAGCUGAAGCAGGAUUUUGACAUAAUUCGAGAUCUGAUCCAGUCACAGGAAUAUGGUUUGUCAUCUGAAGUCAAGCAAACUCUGCUCUCCCUUCAAAUUUUCCAUCAUAUGGACAGUGCCAUUAUCUGUCUUCUGCAGCAGCCCAUGAGCAGGACAUACAGGUCAUCACAUACCUGGGAGCCAUUCUGGAAAUGCUGUUCUUCCAGAAGUAGAACUGCCAACUUCAGCAGUAACAGCUUGAGUAGUCUAGAUAGUCUGGACAUCCAGGCAACAGGAAGCAGAGCAUUCCCACUGUCAGACACCUCUGCAGCUGCUGAUCUCCUCACCAGGAUGAGAACCAGUGGAACCCCAGAGUCCUACUUGGCUGCCAAUCAGCAGGAAUGGCUUCGAUUAAGAGUACAAAGUGGACAACGAUGGAAAGCUCCAAAUUUGCCCUGUAUGUCCAGAACUCCUGAGCCUUGAAAGUACUCUCCUAAAAGCAGUAGAUAUUUACCAACAAGCAAUGAAUUAAAAUUUAGACCACUUCUUUCAUUGUAGAAUACUAUGUUGCCGACUGUAGUAGUAGCUGUCUUGUCUUGGUGGCUAUGGCAGGUGAUGACCUGAGCUGCCAGAUGUCUACACCCAAAAAUGUUCUUAUUAGGCUGAGCUCCUGAGGGUUAUGUAUGGUUUCCUCUAAUAGUGUUUAUGUUUUGAUUUAAAGUAAACGUGAAAUAUUUUAAACUGAGCUAAACUUGACACAUGCCCUCCCAGCGUCAGUUUCUCCUGUUACAACAAUGUUCAUUUUUUACACUAGUCAUUUAAUUUUUUGCAUAGUACAACUGAUGAGCUCUUUAGAUGUUAUAGUCUGUUAAUUUCUCCCUACAGAACAUGAUAGUGAUCCACUGAAUCAGUGUUGUACUCUAGUCAUCAAAUACCCAGCACAUAUAUACAUACAUACAUACAUAAGCAAGACUUUGUGACCACACAAGACUGUGAAUAGUGCCAAACUAUUGCAAUAUUGAAAAAACAAAAAAACAUCAAUACCGGAGCAAAAACAUUUGUUCUAAGUAAGAUUUUAGUAGUGUGCCCUUUGUCAAACCACAUAAGAUUGUUUAAAAAAACAUCUCUUAAAUAGGUUGGUAAAACCCUAAAUUAUUCAUAAUGGCAUUCAUUUCAACAAACUUAAUUCUCUGAAAUUGUAAUAUGACCUUAUCUGUUUUUCGUAUCAGGCUCACUAGAGAAGUUGGCAUGUAGCCUAUGGUCAUUGUCUGCAUUAAAAAUGCACUGCCACUUGGUGUCUUAGAAUAAGAGUUUGUUGGUGCAUCAAAACAUAGGCACUGAUAGCAGCAAAUUUGAAAUGUAUA